UCCUACCAAUUACCCACAAGCAAUAACCUCUCCACGCUAUAUAACUUCAACCCAAGAUCUUCUUCCAACCCAGAGAUUAUGGCCACUCUUCCAUUGUCUCGCUCGGAUCUCUGUUCGAUCAGCCGGAGCGACGGCCUCUGCUGUUACCUGAACCCAGUCCGGCAACGACGGAAACCAGAUGGCUGUUGGGUCUUACGCCGACGAAAUGUGAUCGCGGUCAGGGCGUUUGACGGUGGGGCAUUCGGUUUGUACGGCAACAAGGAGAAGAGUUCAAUCUGUACUGCCGACGAGCUUCAUUACGUCUCUGUUCCCAACUCCGAUUGGAGGCUCGCUCUGUGGCGUUACCCCCCUUCUCCUCGGGCGCCGUCAAGGAAUCAUCCGCUUUUGCUGUUAUCAGGGGUUGGGAGCAAUGCUCUUGGCUAUGACCUUUCUCCAGGGUCCUCAUUUGCUCGCUACAUGUCCAACCAAGGAUAUGAUACUUGGAUUCUUGAAGUUCGAGGAUCUGGCCUUAGUACUGACAGAGUAGAAAUGAAGGAAAAUGAGCAGAUACGCUCUGGAACUCUGGAGAAACGUCCAUCAGCCGAGACUGGCAAAUAUGUUAGUUCUGUGGGUUCCAGCAUUUCUUCAAAAGAUGGAGAGACUUCUACAAUUGCUACUCAACUUAGGCAAUGGAAUCAAAAUCUUAUGGAUAUAAUCGAAGGAGCUCAACAACUGGGUCCAUUGCGGCCUUUUAACUUACAAGGUGUUACCUCUGCAUUAGAAGGCUUCCAGGAACAACUUGAUAUGUAUGAGAAAUAUGAUUGGGACUUCGACCACUACUUGGAAGAAGAUUUGCCCGCUGCGAUGGAGUACAUAAGGAACCAAUCUAAACCCAACGAUGGCAAGUUACUAGCAAUUGGCCACUCGAUGGGGGGUAUCUUGCUAUAUGCAAAGAUCUCACGAUGUAGCUUUAACAAAGUUGACCCGCAGUUGGCAUCAGUUGUGACUUUGGGUUCAUCACUUGACUUCAGACCUUCAAAUUCAUCACUCAGAUUGCUAUUACCUUUGAGAGAUCCUCUACAAGCUUUUAAUGUUCCUGCGUUUCCCAUUGGGCCAUUGCUUGGUAUUGCUCAUCCCCUCGCAUCGCGUCCUCCUUAUAUCUUGUCCUGGUUAAAGGGUCAAAUUUCUGCAGGAGACAUGCUACAUCCUACCUUGCUUGAGAAGCUUGUUCUUGAUGGCUAUGAAUCUGUGCCUUCAAAGGUUCUCGUGCAGCUAUCAACUGUUUUUGAAGAAGGGGGCUUGCGCGACAGGAACGGGAUGUUCCAGUACAAGGACCAUCUAUGCCAAAGCAACAUUCCAAUCCUUGCACUUGCUGGAGACCAAGACAUCAUUUGUCCACCUGAAGCUGUUUAUGAAACUGUGAAGCAAAUUCCCUGGCGGUAUGUUUCCUACAAAGUUCUUGGGAAGCCUGGUGGUCCUCACUAUGCUCACUAUGAUAUCGUGGGAAGUCGUUUGGCAUCAAGCGAAGUAUAUCCAUUGAUAACCAAUUUUCUCAACCGUCAUGACUAGGGUAGAUUUCACCAUACCAUCCAACUCUAGAUAUAUACAUUUCAUCAGUCAAAAGAACAGUUGUAUAUCUUCCUUAUUGAUAGAAUAUCCACGAAGAUCUAUUUCCUAAGAUCUGCUGUAUACAAAAUUGUAAAGCAAACACACAAUCCUGUGGAGGGUAUAUUACUGGCUUCGAAAAUUGUGGGCUGUGUAAUUUUCCUCAGAUAAUAAUAGAAAUUGUCCAAGCAAUAAUGUUUUUAUCAA